AUGCCAUGCCAUUCGGGUCUGUGGCGUGCAGAAAUGGAUGUUGCCAGGGUGUUUGCAGGGCCCACAUUGUUACAACCAGACGGGCAGAGAGGGGGAUUGAACAUUCAGGAAAGGAGAGGGGUGAGGGGAAGGGCUGGACUGGGAGUUGCAUGUGUUUGGGUGCCUGGUACCGGCAGGAAUCUAAGAUGCCAGUUGCAAGCGGGGCUGAGGAAGCGGGAGCCGGUGGCGCAGAUGAUCGGAGCCUGA